GGUUACCUAAAGAUGUUUCUCAUUCCUCCUGGGGCUAGACAUGUGAUCAUACAAGAGCAUGAGGCUUCUCCUCAAAUUCUUGCUAUCAAGAACCAGGCAACAGGGCAUUAUGUCCUCAAUGGAAAAGGAGAAGAUGCGAGAUCUCGGCGCUUCAUUGAAAUGGGAGUGGAGUGGGAUUAUCUCGUCGAGGAGGAUGUCGAGACGCUCCACACUGAUGGGCCACUGAACGAUGCUAUUGUUGUUCUGAUUAUACCAAAAGACAACGAGACAAGGUCAACGCUUAUGUACAAGUACAUCAUCCAUGAAGAUUCAGUGCCCCUAAACAACAAUAACGUCAUUCAAGAGGACACGUAUGAAUGGGCGCUGAAGAGCUGGUCCCAAUGUUCGAGACCUUGUGCUGGAGGCUUCCAAUACACCAAAUAUGGGUGCCGUAAAAAAGGUGACAACAAAAUGGUGCAUAGAGGUUAUUGUGAUGUCAACAAGAAGCCCAAGCCUAUUCGCAGGAUGUGUAACUUACAGGACUGUACACAACCACAGUGGAUCACCGAAGAGUGGGAACAUUGUACUAAAACAUGUGGAAGCUUGGGAUAUCAAAUCCGUACUGUGCGCUGUGUCCAGUUUCUUCAUGAGGGCACAAACCGCUCCAUUCACAGCAAGUACUGCAAUGGGGAAAAGCCUGAGAUGAGGAGGGCAUGUAACAGAGUUGCCUGCCCAGCCCAGUGGAGGACCGGGGCCUGGUCAGAGUGUUCAGUGUCCUGUGGAGAAGGUGUGUCACGACGCCUGGUCACUUGUCGCAUUGGAGAUCAAUGUACUGGUGAGAAGCCCGAGUCGCAAAAGCCUUGCAGGCCAAGACCCUGCCAUGAUGAGCCGUGCGGAGGAGACAAGUCCAUAUUCUGUCAGAUGGAGGUUCUGGCACGUUAUUGCUCGAUUCCAGGCUACAACAAGCUCUGCUGUGAAUCCUGCAGUAGGAGAAGUGGCACUUUUGCUCCUCUUCUGCACGAAGCUGCGGAAACAGAGGAGGAACUUCGCUUCGGUUCAGCCUCCCAACUUCUGGAGACGCUUUCAGCUGCUGCUAAUGGAUCUCUGAAAGUCCCGCAGCAGCACCAGCGGGGAUCCACGUCGCAAGGCCAAUUUUCCAAGCAGGCCGCCACUCCCCCGCCUCGCAAACACAAUACAGAGAACAGCAAGACUCAAAAGCGCCUCAAACCCAGCGCUAGAAAUCUUCCUGCAUUGUCAAUCCAUAGCUCGUGGAGCGAGGACGGCGUUAAAGAUGCACCGAUGCAGCUGGAAAGUUUCCAAGAGAGUCAGUGGCCGACAACAUCUUCUGAGGUGGAGAGAUGA